GGUCUUCCGCAUUCGAUCUCGGUUACAGCAACUCUAUGUACAUAUAUAUCUAAGCUGUGGCUGGGAACAAGAGAUCUUAUUUCCACUGAGGUUGUUGAGUCAAACUGACACGACUAGUUCGAUCCAGACAACCGCCAUGUUCGCCUCUUUCAAUACAAUGCUGGUGGGAGCGUUGAUGCUUCUGACUACGGUAAACAGCCAGUCGGGCAACCCGACUCAGGGGGCCGCUAAUCACCGUGGAAUGCGGCCGGGCCAAACGUUUACGGUAAACGGGCACGUCGUCAGCGUGUCCCAAUCUCACGAACACGAUGACAUCUCGAUGGAAGUGAUCGGGCGUGUUGCCAACCCUCAGAAUGUACAAACGACCACAGGCCAGCAAAGACCGUCCAGUCGUCCAGCCCAGAAAGUUGUCCUAUUUUCUCGUGAUUCUAACGAGCGUCACGACUUGUCUCUGGAAGACUUGAUUGGCCGCAAUCCCAACCGGCCGAUGGUUGGAGCCCAAGGAGCUCAACAAAGGCCGCCAAUCGUUCCAGUCCGCCAAGGUCUUCGUUUCUCCGACGAUUCCAUCGAAAGUCAUGAGCAUCCAGAUUUGUCUUUGGAGGACCUUGUUGGCCGCAAUCCCAAUCGCCAACAUGUGCAGAACAAACAAGCGGCAACUCAGCAAGGCGUCCGUCGCUUCCGGGAUUCCGACGAACACGACGAUGACUCGUACGAGGUUGAUUUCAACUUACUUCCGGAAUUACUUCGCCUCAUCAAAGAGACUGUCCAUAGCCCAACGCCAGCGGCACCGAGUCAAGGCCAGCGUCUGGCCCAGCCACCCAACCAGCAUUACAACGAGCAUCACGAAGUCUCCCUGGAGUUUAACGAGAUCUUGGCCAAUCCGACGUUCCAGCAAAGGAUCCAAGAAAUCGACGACCGUCUGAAAAGGGCUUCCGGACCCAGAGGCAAACGUCUGAUCGAGAAAUACGCCACCGCUCUUGCGGUGUAUUCCAGCCCGCCCGGCGAAAAUUCCAGCCCGUCCGUCAGUUCAUCGUUCUACCUUUCGUUUUUGAUUGCCUGUUUUUGGGCGUGGUUUUUAUAGCCUUUUUGUUCUUAUAUGGUUUAGCGAAAUCUUUUGGGUUUUUUUUUAAAUUGGCCUCUUCCCUCUCCUUCCUUCCUUUUCUUUUCAACACUUUCAUUUUUUACUUUUUUGUUUUUUUUUUUUCUUUAAAACAGUUGGUUGUAGCAACUGUAAUUAUUCAAGGAUUGUGCAACGGUCUUGCUUUACUCUGUUUCCUAUUUCGAGCACUAGAAAAUGAUCAACAAUUUUUAGUAUGGUUAAUGCGUAUAUAAUGCGUCGAAACAAAGAGGCGAGCUUGAACGAAUUAGAGAGCGAUAUAAAUAAACAUUUUAAAUAUUGUUAUUUUCAUUGGGAAAUUGGGUAGGAACAUUUUGCUAUAGGAUGAACGCCUUUGUUUUUCAAUUGUUACUUUAUGGGGGAUUGAAAUUUUUAUGCAAAUACACAGUAUUCUGUGUGA